AGAGCCUGGAUAAUGACAGAGGGUUUGGCUACCACCGGUACACGGAAGUGGGUGAGCGCAGCGGGUGGGGUUUUGGGGUCCGGCGGUCGGUAGUGCAGGAAACGAUCAGUGUGUGCACGAGCCUUCGUUAUCAAUCAGCAGAAACCGAUUAUUGAUGUCGCCGUUGCGCAGCCGCCCCGCGCGCCACCCAUUACAUCCAUGUUGUCUACGGAGGAGGAGGACUCGGUAGGAGGCUAACGUCCAGCUAACGAGCCGCUCGGCAGGCGGGUUUCUCAUGCAUUUUCAUGUUUUGACGCCGUUUAGCUCGCACGACGCCGAGCGGAUUUGUUAUCGCCACGAACGGAUCGGAACUUUAAAUGGACGCCGCGCCGUUUUUCCGCGGGGCUGCCGGGCUAGGUUAGGUUAGCUAGCCACCGUUAGCCGAGAGGAGAGGAUGUGCUUGCAGCUAGCUAGCUACCCAGCUGUUUAUUUAUAUCAAUGUUAUGUAAGAACGGAGCCCGUUGUAGCCUAGCUAGCUAUACGGAACUGCGUUAGCGAGUAAUAAUGAAUAACGCGCAACAAGAUAUGUCUCCAGAUUUCGUCUUGAUGCGCCUGGUGUCCGCGGCCGAGUACGACCGCCUGAACGAGCCGGAGGACCUGAUGUCCGGAGGCGGCGGGUUCGGUGCCGUGAAAGCCGUGUUGGGUCAUCACGGCAACAACAUCAACAACGGCUUUGAUUUGGACUCCGGCAGCCCCCCGGCAGGCCUCGGCUCGGCCUCACCGCAUUACAGCUCACCGCUGCCGGGGAAGGGGGAGCUGGACAGCGGGGUGGUGUUGACUCAGGCCCCGCCGGGGUCCGAGGCUCCGUUGUCCCCUCCGCCGGCCGGAGCCGGGGACUUCUCCGUGGCGGCGCAGCGAUUCGUCGACUUCCCGGUGCCGCACGCGCACGGGGCGGGCGGCCACGGCUCGCGGGCGCAGCUGAUGGUGUUCCAGAACCUGCUCCGGUCCAGCGACGGGAUCCUGGAGUGCGGGCUCGACCAGCCGCCCGCGGGCUUCCUGCACCGCCCGGUGAGCGGCGGCGGCGAGGCGGACCGGCAGCGGCAGCAGCAGCAGCACCUGGACUCAGGGACAGUCACUGCUCCCGGUAGCACAACAGCCACCACCGGGCCUGGCAGCGGGAGGGACAACAACACACACUGCAUCUCCUCUGCAGAGGAAAACAUGCAACAGCAGCAGCAGCCACAGCACCUCCAGUGGCACCCGGUGCUCAAACUGUCCAAGGUGGUGUCUGACGGCACCCAGACUCCACAGCAGGGCGUCCCGGCACUGGAAUCUGAUUCUGGUUCGGUGCUGUGCCACCGCCACCGCUUAUUGACAGACCGGCUUUCCAAAUGGCCUCCGGGCCUGUUGGACCAAGCCCUGCGUCUGGGCCUGCUGGAUCCUAGGAAGAACUGCCCGUCCGGGGGAGAGGACCCUGUGAUCGCCCUGGCCCGGAGGCUGGGACAGCUGGGACAAAACGCAGAGCUGAGGGAGGCUAGAGAGGGAGGUGGUGGAGGGGAUGAGAUCGUGCUCCCUUUGCCCCGUUGCUCCUGUCACAGCGUUCUGACCUCGGGCACGGGCGGCAUGGGACCUGGUGAGGACCCGAGUGAGACCAGUGAUGCCCUCUUGGUUCUAGAGGGUCUGGGGUCUGAAGAGGUGGAUGGUUUAGGGGAAGGAGGAGGACAAGGGGAUGCGGGGGAGAUGGGGGAUGUGGAGAAGGGAGAGAACGCUGGGGUAGGGGGAGGAGGUGUAGGUGGAGGAGGUGGGACAUCUGCAGGAGCUGGGCCAGUGUUCUCCAGCGGGACGUUAAGCGGUUUGAUGCGACAGGUCCACCGACUGGCAGAGGAAGCCGGGGUUUGCACUGACCAGAGCUGCCGUCCCUCUCUGGCUGUCCUGGGUGCAGCAGUGUCCUUGCCCCCCUGUUCCACCCCCCUCACAGACCCCCACCCAACCAAUACGUCCACACCUGGCCCCUAUGCCCCUGUCCGGCCGCAGGCUUCCCAGGCCGCGUUGGCCCUCACGGGGCUACAAGUCUCACCGGAUGCUCUACCUUCCCCCAGCCCACGACCCCCACACCAGCACCAGUCUCGCUCCCAACCCCAGAGCCGAGCCACUACACCCAAGCUGGGCAUCGCCUCUGGGGGAGCCGGGCGGUCGGCCUCACCCCUGGUGGUGCUGGAAGGGGAUGUCGGAGGAAGAGGAGGAGGGGAUGGAGAGAAAACUCCACGGGGGAAGUCGAGGAAGGGGGGUUCGCUGAAGGUGCGUCUCAGCAAGUUGUUCCGAACCAAGAGCUCCAGCGGCGGGUCCGGGGGCCUCCUGGACAAGAGGCCCUCCCUUGCAUCAUCCACCUCCUCCGGGGGGAGUCUGCUGGAUGUGUGGGGGUCGACCUCCAGCAACACGGAGCAGGACAACGCUAGGCUGCAGGUCUCCAGGCCCCAAAGUGCCUUCUCACCGGUGCCCUUCACUCCUGCAUUCACCGGUGAGACGGUGUCUCUAGUUGAUGUGGAUAUUUCUCGGAGGGGGGGCAACUCUCUGCACCCCCCGACCCCUCCUCCCCCGCCCAGACGGAGCCUCAGUCUGCUUGAUGACUUUGGCGGGCCUCCGCAGCAGCAGCAGGGGCCUUUCCUGGAGCGCAGCGUGGGGGCUUCGAUGCAGUCUCUCCCCCCGCGGCCGCUGGCGCUGCCCCCCUCCCUCAGCACCAUCCAGCACAGCCUCAGCCUCAACGACACCUUCCUGCGGGGUUUGCCGAGGCCGGUGCCGCUGCGUCCCGACGGCCAGCCCCCCCCUCCCCGGCUGGGCCCCCGCCCCGUCCUCUGUCCGCUCAGCCGGCCCGACGCCAGCAGCUUCGCCACCAGCCUGCGGGAACUGGAAAAGUGCGGCUGGUACUGGGGUCCCAUGAACUGGGAGGACGCAGAGAUGAAGCUCAAGGGCAAACCGGACGGCUCCUUCCUGGUGCGGGACAGCUCGGACCCCCGAUACAUCCUGAGCCUCAGCUUCAGGUCGCAGGGGGUCACACACCACACACGCAUGGAGCACUACCGAGGUACGUUCAGCCUGUGGUGCCAUCCGAAGUUCGAGGACCGUUGCCACUCGGUGGUGGAGUUUAUCGAGAGAGCCAUCAUGCACUCCAAGAACGGGAAGUUCCUCUACUUCCUGCGCUCCAGAGUGCCCGGCCUGCCACCCACCCCGGUCCAGCUCCUGUACCCAGUGUCCAGGUUCAGUAGCGUCAAGUCGCUGCAGCACCUCUGUCGUUUCUGCAUCAGACAGCUGGUCCGUAUCGACCACAUCCAGGAGCUGCCCCUGCCCACGCCUCUGAUCAUGUAUCUGAGGAAGUUCUACUACUAUGACCCCGAGGAGGAGAUGUACCUGUCAAUCAAGGAGAGGGGGCAGGAGCAGAACACCCAGCUGGGGGUGGAGUCUCAAACGUAGCGCUGGGGCCUGAUAGGACAAAGUGUUUUUUUUUUUUGUUUUUGAUACCUGAACAGCUGACCUGAGGACUGACACACUCACAUGCAAUUGGAUACAACCUCCCUCCGGAGACGGGGCUGACGGCCAAUCAGCUCCCUCAGAUCGGUUCCGUAUCCCGGCGGAGUUUCAGAUGAUCCACCGGCCCAGCUCUCUGAUUGGCUCGCGGGGAGUGGGGCGGGGCAGGGGAUGUGGAGACUCCGCCUCUCUGUUGAUGUCAUAGCUGAGCGGCUGAACUUGAAGAAAAGUGACUGUUAGCGAUAAAGCUAACUUGUUAAAAGAAAAAAAAAAAAAAAAAACAUACAAAAACAAAACAACAGCAAACUCCGCCUGAGUAGUGAAACAUUUUGUCGUUUCUAGAAUCCUUUUGUUUCCCAAACUUGAAUGUGCAAUUUCACAAGGCACUUUGUCCUCAACACUUCACAACUAAUGUUACAAUGGCCUUAUUCCUACAUGAUAGCACUUUUUAAAAAAAUAAAUAAAUAAAAAGAUAAAGUGCUUUACAGACAAAAAAAUGUCAGUGAAAGUAACUACAAGAAGAGAAAUGGGUAAAAUAAAAAAUAAUUUGAUUUAAUUUCCAAAAAGGGGUCAAUAAAAUAGCAAAAAAUGUUGCAUUUGGAUAUUCAUCAUGCACUGUCCUUGUGUAAUAAUUUAAUACUGUUUGCCAUUUUAAGGCAAACAGGCACUGGUGAUCAAAUAUAAACUACUUGAAUGAUCCUGUUUGCUCUAUCAGCUGUGUGCACUGCAACGCACCACGGCUGGUAGCGAAUGCACGAAUUACCAGGAAAAAAAAAUCACCGUGGGAAGCAUAAGGAUCCUAGAAGCGACUUGCCGGACUGACUGUUACGGCAGUAUUACCAAAAAAAAAGUAAAAAAACAAACAAAAAAAUAAAUAAGAGUAAAAAAAAAAAAAAAAAAAAAAAAAAAAAA